AUGUUCCUGAUUGCCGGUCUCUCAGUAUCCACCUGGCUGAUAUAUCUCCUGGUGAGAUCAUUCUGUGGAUGGCAAGCCAAGCUCCCAGGUCCAUGGUAUACCACUGUGACCAGUCUUGUGUUGAAAUAUCAUGAAUUCACGAAGAACCGCCGACUAUGGAUUCAUGCAUUGCAUCAGAAAUAUGGACCGGUUGUUCGAAUUGCCCCGAAUGAAGUUUCAUUUUCCAAUACGGAGGGCAUGAAGGAGAUAUACCAAAGCGGAGGCAGUGGUUAUGAUAAAACCGAGUUUUAUGAUUUGUUUACGCAGUAUGGUCAUCGCACGUUGUUCACCACGCCGAACAAGGUUGAUCAUGCUGUGAGGAAGAGAAUUAUUGCAGAUAGAUACUCGAUGACAAAUAUUCUUCGUGCACCUUUGCUCGAUGGCUUUGAGCAGAGCGCGUCAUCCGUUAUAGCGAAAUGCGAAGCAUCUCGCGGUAGCCAUCUUGACGUCUACGUUACGCUUCAUUGCUAUGCCAUUGACUGUGCAUCUCAUUUUCUUUUCAGCCCUGGCGGAACAGAUACUCUCAAUAAUCCGGAAGACUUCAAGCUUGUGCAGGAGCUAUCAUAUCAUGACAGCCUAAAACAGAGAUAUGUCGAACAUUACUGGCCAAUAAUGAACAGGAUUUUGCCUCUCUUCAGCCCCAAAUCGGCCCCUCUGUCGAAGAGCUAUGUUUUGAAACAAAGCCACCGAGAUAACCCCCAUGAGGCGUCUCUCAUAAACAAGUUGCAAAGCAAGUCUUCAAAUCUUUCCACAAUUGAAAUGGCUGCCGAAUGUAUGGACCAUAUGGCGGCUGGCAUCGACACCACUGGCGACGGUCUCUGUUUUUUGAUGUAUGAACUAUCCUUGCCACGCUCUCAAAACAAACAAGAGACCCUUCGCCGGGAGAUCUUGCAAAACCCAAAUGCAAAAAUAAAUGAUUUGCCGUAUCUCGAUGCCGUGAUCAAAGAAGGCCUACGUCUCUUUGCGCCCAUCCCCAUGAGCUUGCCUAGAUAUGUCCCCGAAAAUGGCAGGGUUAUUGGUGGCUAUAAAUGCCCGCCGGGCACUAUCGUGAGUUGCCAGGCAUAUUCGCUUCAUUUGUUGAACCCAGACGUUUUCCCAAAUGCCGAAUCAUUUGUGCCAGAACGAUGGCUACAGAAAGACGGGGAUGCAGAUCGCAACAGACUGAUGUUCGCUUUUUCUGCAGGCGGGAGAGGCUGUAUUGGAAAGCACCUGGCCAUGGUAGAAAUGAAGACGUUGCUACGCAGAAUCUACGGGCAGUAUAGGACAACAGUAGCCCCGGAAAUGAAAGGGGACAUGUCGAUUCACGACCAGAUGAUAUCGUCCAGGCCUAAGGACCAGACAUGCCUCUUGGUCUUUGAUCGAGUGGAAGGAUAG